AUGUCUCUGGGAUUCUUCAGUAUUAUACCUUUCUCGCUGCUCUGUCUCAUAGCAGUCGUCCGAGCGCAGUCAUCCACGACAACGUUAACAAGCAUCACAGGUAGCGUUACUGGAACCGCGAUUAGCGAGCCGACGAGCUUGGCAUCAAGCUCAUCAGUGAGCGGGAGUAGGACUUCGAGUAGUAGCGGUAGUGGAAGUCUGAGCGCCAGCUCGACGCUUUCUGCGGAGCUACCGAGUCUCAGUGGGUACUCCACAUGCGUAACAAACUGUCUACAGCUUUCCAUAGCCGAUGCCAACUGCACCAGUGUGGCCCAAAUUAACUGUUAUUGCGGAAGUACCAACUUUACCUCAAGCCUGACGGACUGCGUCACGGGUGAAUGCCCCGACGAGCUCUCAAUGUCUGAGACCCUUGCGCAGAGAUUCUGCGUUUUGGCAUCUACGAGCACGUCCCUGUCAUUCAGUGUCACGUCUGUCUCUUCUUCGAGUACAACCUCAUCAUCGUCGAGUACCAUUACGGGAACGGGCUCGACAACAGCUACAGGACCCAGUUCUACCAGCACUAGGACGGUAUCCAGCACUGUCAGCGAGCCAGCGAGCUCUUCAGCCUCAUCGAACGCCGCUCUAGGCAGGAAGGUGGUGGGGAUUAGUGGGUCGGUCGUUUGGAGCAUCUUUGCUGUAGUUCUAGGUGUCCUCGUCGGCGGCAUGACUGUUUGUUGA